UGUUGUUGUUUAGGUUUUGUUUGUUGUGUUGUUGGUGCGCGAUGAAUUCCACAACGGAUGGACCAGUCUUUGCAGAGACCUCAACAUCAAAGUCCCUUCCCACGCCGUUGGAGAAAGCUUUGCUGCAACGCUUCUGCCGAUUGUGUAUGCGCGAGUUUCCCUUUCUGCUGCCCUUCAACUCAUCCUUGAACAGUAGCGUAACCAUAGGCAACAUGCUAGAGCGCCUGCUCGGCGGAUUCAACAUUCAGCAAACGCUCUACCUGCCCAACGCCAUCUGUUCCCGUUGUUUGACAAAGCUGGAUUUUGCGUACCAUGCGCAGCGGGACUUUGUACGGAAUGAGCACCGCUUGCGACACUAUUUGCAGCAGGGCGAGAUGGUGCAAAAAUUGUUUGAAUUUCAGAAUCACUGCACGGUCGAACGAGAAAGUUACGCGGAGGUGCUGCUGAAAGCGCAUGGCGCCGGAUUGCUGGGCGAGCGGGUUGGAGUCACAGCCGAGCACGAAGUACCGGGAAUGCAGGACGCAGAAUUGGAGGCGGAAAAACUGUCCAAAGCCGUGCUACCACCGAGUGACUGGGCGGUAGUGGCGUGCGACUGCAGUUCAAAGCCGAAAGCGGCCAGUCAUGGCUUUCCUCGGUCCAUGGCUUUGCGUCCACCGAAGCGUGCACUGCGCAACAGGCAGCUGUUACGCCAAGCAAUCACAGCCGGUAGCUCUCCAUCUGGUACCAAAACUAUGCCAGUUGAUAUGACUCGAUGCUACAUUUGCAACACGCCCACGGAAAGUGAGACAGCGCUUCGGGACCACAUUGCACUGCACGUGGAAAUGUUGCCCCAUAGCUGCCCAGAGUGUAGUCUAGAGGGGCCAGUGAAGCCAAUCAUUUCGGUGGUAAUGUUGCUCCGUCAUUACCGGAUGCACUCGUAUCCUCUCAAAUGUCCACAGUGUCCACAGCGCUUCACACGGUACGCCAGCGUUUACGCACACGUUCGAUACCGCCACGAAAUGUUCGACAAUCCCGAGGGAUUUACGUGCGAAAUAUGUGGUUUAACGAUAAAAUACCGACCCACGUUUACGUUCCAUAUGCGAAACCAUCACCACGAGCAGAUGGGCACUUUUCGUUGCACCUUUUGUGAACGCACUUUCGGCACUCGAGCUCGCCUCGAACGCCACGAACGCUCCCACACGGGGGAACGACCAUUCACUUGUCACUUGUGCCCAAAGACCUUCGCCAACGCCACUCAACUAGCGGCACACAGAUCGAGGCAUAUCAACGAACGUGGUCACCGGUGCGCAGUGUGCGGCAAGGCAUUCUUCAGCAAAGCAAUACUUCGCCAACAUCAGCUAACUCAUGAUCGGACUGCGGGAACGGAGAACCAUACUGCGGCAGCUGGUAAAACGAAAAUCCGCCUUUGUACUUUUCCCGGUUGUCAGUUUGUGGCGGCCACUUAUCAGAUGUAUUAUACGCACCGCUUACGGCACGAAAUGGCUUACCGGUGCGACGAGUGCGGACGACGAUUCGCACGCCAAUCAGAAUUGCAGCGUCAUCGAAGGAUCUACCACACGACGGACCAUCCUUAUCGAUGCGAACCAUGCAAUAAGAUAUUCCUGAGUCGCCAAAGCUACCGGGAGCACAUGGAUUCGCACGAAAACGUAAGGCGGUUCGAGUGUGAAACUUGUGAUAGGAAGUUUGUGAGACGACGAAAUCUGAUCAACCAUCGGAUGUCCCACUCAAACCAACGCCCACACAAGUGCACGUUUUGUGAAACUUCGUUCAAAUACAAAAGUGACUAUAAUCGGCACCAGAAGGAGAAACACAACCUACCCGAAGGACCGAGCGCCGAGGGAGAGCAACCGAUUGAUGCGGAAGACAUGAACGGGAUUGUACUGAUGAUGGACAACUCGAUGGUUGAGGAAGCGUCGUUACAAGAGGAGGUUGAGGAGCGAGUACUAGUGGAAGAAGAUAUCGUACUCGGCACAACGUACGAGGAAGAGAUUGUUACGAAAUAUGAAACAAUUGAAACGGUAGAGGAAUCGGUUGUAAUUGGUCAGUCUCUAGUGGACGAAGCCAUGAAGCAUGACCAGAACGAGUAUGUUGUUGAAUAUUUGGACUAGAUUUUUUCGUAAA